AGACGACCAAUAGCCUUAAUAUAGUUAAGGCUAGCAGUCACUGGCAACAGGCGUCAACAAGUCAUUUCAUAUUGGUGACAAAGAGACGAUCAUCAGCUAAUAUGGUUCAGGCUAGCAGUCACUGGAAACAGGCGCCAACAAGUCAUUUUGAUGUUGGGACGGCAUGUUCGGUGGGAAAGCCGCUUGCUGGCACCAGACACUGCUGAAGUGCUCCUGAGCAAGGUCACCAAAGCCCGGUACGGAGAAGAAUAGAAGAAGAAGAUAGAAGAAGAGAACCAGUGGGGAUGCAUCGGAGGAGAAGCCGCUGAUGCUGCCAGGAGGAAGUGACAGCGUCAUGGCAGGAGUGUCGCCGGUCAAGAUCCAAAUCGGUUCUGAACAAUCCUCCGCCCCCAUCCUCCAUUCCGGUUCUUUGUCUUUCUGUGUGUGUGUGUGUGUGCGUGUGCGUGUGCGUGUGUGUGUGCGUGUGUGUGUGAGGCUGUUCUGGGGAGAUGGAGGGAGAGAGGUUUUCUGUUGUGAUGGUAUUAGCCCCUGUCAAGCUAAAUGGGCUUUAAUUGGGGGAAUGUUUGGUGCAACACAGGCUGGAGUUUCUGUCUCACACACACACACACACACACACACACACACACACGCGCUCGCUCGUCCAGUCACCCCACUGCCGUCUUCUUUCAUCCAAAUAGGCUCCAUCUCGGAAUCAACAGGCGUCUCAUCUCUUCCUCUCUUACCGUCACUGUCUUCCACUGUCUUUUUUUUUUCCCACUCUUCCUGCUUUUUCCCGCCUCUCUCUUUUUCUCCUCACUUGCCCUCGUGUCUUUGUCCUCGCAGGAACCUGUAUCACAUUUGAAAUAACCAUGUACGGUCAAAUUAAGGAUAUUGGAUAAGUAGCUGUAGUGUGUGUGUGUGUGUGUGUGUCUGUGUCUGUGUCUGUGUCUGUGUGUGUGUGUGUGUGUGUGUGUGUGUGUGUGUGUGUGUGUGUGUGUGUGUGUGUGUGUGUGUGUGUGUGUGUGUGUGUGUGUGUGUGUGUGGAAAGUGAGACAGACAAAAGGGAGACCAAAUGUGUACGUGCAUGUUUGAAUGCUGGAGGCUGGAUUUCUAGAUUCCAGCGCCGCUUUACGAAGCUUUAGCUCUCGGAAGUUUUUUUUUUUUUGGUACAUUCCCUCAACAAUCUGCCCGACUAAGAAAUGGGUGAAUGCAGACUCAAGUUUGACACGACACACAUCACAGCACCGUGCCGGGCGGUGUGUGUGCACGUCUGUGACCGGGUCAGCGUGGGAAGGGGGAGCGAAAGCAUGUUGGUGUGUCUGGAUGAGCAAACCGGUGUCAGGUAAGAACGAGAUGUGAUUGAUGAUCACUCCGCGGCUCAGCCUCGGCUCAGGUGCGCUGCGUGGUUGACAUGCUCAGAUAAGGGGCCCGACCCCCCGGGGUGGGAGCGUCGCAGCACAGGCCCAACACCAGGUCACAUGUCAAGGACUUGACCUCCUGGGACGAAACGGCACGUGUUGUUUUUGUAUUGUCUUCUGAUUUAGAAAAACGUUCUUGGUGUGCCGGAAGCCACGGGAUUUGAAAAGAGAGCAAAGGAGAAAGAAAGAAAGAAAAGAAGCAGAAGACAAAUCCAAUAUGAUCCAUCCGGUCCAAUCAGCCAGAGGAAAGAGACGGAGCAUCGAGAAGACUGAGCCACUUCAGACUCGCCAACAUUUCGUAGCCUACAGGUUGCAUCCAUCCAUCCAUUCUUGUCUCAUGACUGACUGUUUCCUGAUUCCUGUUCGCGCAGCGCAUGGGAAGCUUUUGGUGAACCUUUGACCUUGUGUAUAGCGCACGCACACACUCACACACACACGCACACACACAUCACCAACCCUCCCUCUCUCUCUCAGGGCAGUCUAUCUCCGGUCUGGACACUCAUUUAUGAGCUUUAUUACACAGCAAUUAAACACUGACACACACGCACACACACACAGGAGAGGAGGAUAGUUUUUGGGGGAAGUUUGGCCAUUGACUUCAUUGGUAACUGAUUCACAAAUGUUGUUUCCUUUAGGUGGGUGAUGAAUUCGACCAAAUAGUGAUAGUUAAUCAUAGUAGAGUGAGGUGUGUGUGUGUGUGUGUGUGUGUGUGUGUGCGCGCGCCCCCCCCCCGUUUACUUUCUUCUCCCGUGCUGUGGAUCUUCUAUUGUGCAGUGCGCGUUCCCGGCGCGCCGCCACGGUCGCGCGCACAUCUAUAUCCUGUGACUGAAAGUCUCCCGACUUCAUUCAACCCGGAGAUCUCACGAGACACCAUCCAACUCCUCUGGGAGUGUUGGUGCAGAGAGCGCUUUCCUUCCCCCCCCCCCUACCUCCCUCUUGUCGCUUCUCCGCGCGUCCUCCUCAUUCUGGAAAAUUCCAAGUGAAAUGAUUUUUAUUACAAAUUGUUCCAAGUUGCAGCUCCGCCGCUGCAGGACGCACAUGAGCAGAUGUGAUGUGGAACAAGUGAGGACAGCGCGAUGGAAACCGUCGGAUGCGUGAGUGUGAAAGGGACAGUUUGGGGACUUCCAGUGGGGACCUGCAGCCGGACGUCGACCUGACCCCCACUGGGGUUCGAUGACUUGACUUCAUGGUCACUUCUAUAUUCACGAUCCCACUUCUCUUUACACCGACAGCGAUUUACUGCGGAUGCAGGAGCAGAAUAGGAUUGAAUCCCUGCCUCAUCCGCGCUUCACCCCGGAGGUUUUUAUCAAAGACUCGCCCCCAAUUUUUUUUUGAAAUUCUCUUUUCACUGAGGCUGGUGGUGCUGGUGGUCUGUUCCCCCAGAGGGAUGCUUCUGGGCCCCCGGGGCCAGGGAGCGACAGCCCGGCUCCUGCAGCGGACCACCGCCUCGUCCUGGUGCCUAUGCCGCGGACCUGAGAGGAGAUGAGAGCCGCGAUUGUCCACCUCCUCGCCGGCUGCCUCUGCCUGUUACGCGCCGCCGCCGCUGAGGAGUCUCCUCUUCCCCGGGAGCUGUUGGAGCGACUCUCCCGCAGCGACAUCCGGAGCAUCAGCGACCUCCAGCGGCUGCUAGACAUAGACUCCGUAGAGAACGAGGUGAUCGAGGAGACCAAACACAUCUACCACAAGGACUUCUCUCACAGAUACCCCGACCUGAAGAGAGCACACACACACACCAGACACAGGCGGAGCAUUGUGGUAGAGGAGGCCAUGCCGGCGGUGUGCAAGGUGCGGACGGCGAUCUACGAGAUCCCCAGGAGCCAGGUGGACCCCACCUCGGCCAACUUCAUCAUCUGGCCGCCGUGCGUGGAGGUGAAGCGCUGCACCGGCUGCUGCAACACCAGCAACAUGAGGUGUCAGGCGGCCCGCAAGCACCACCGCACGGUCAAGGUGGCGAAGGUGGAGUACGUGCGGAAGCGGCCCAAGCUGAGGGAGGUGCAGGUGAGGCUGGAGGAUCACCUGGACUGCAUGUGCUCCAACAAACGCCACAUCAGCCCGAGUGCAGACACAGACAAUGGCAUCAGGUGAAGACAGACAGAGAGAGAGAGAGAGAGAGGGGGAUUGAUGAAGGAGUGGAGAGGACAGAGAAUUGGACGACGACGACGACGGCCUGAAGCAGAAAAACAAAGACAAGCACCUUUUUUGCCUCUUGACAUCCCGGCCGCCCGGCUGCAGGCGGGCGACUGCGAGCGCUUCGACGGAAUACAUCCUGAACCCUUUCGGAGAGAAUCCCUCGACUCGCGUGAACCUCGCGGACGCUUUGAAACCUCGAGUGCGACAGACACUCGAAGGUUUCGCCUCCGACGCACAGAGGGAGCUGAUUUAAGACGCUGGAAGACGCGCGAACACCGCCCCCCGGAGGCAGUGAGGUGCAUUCUGGGAUACCGGGAGGACUUAUUGUUCCGCGCCGCGUUCCUACCGCAGAGUAUAAACCGCUCAGUGACUGGGAUUAUAAACUGGGUGGAAUCCUUUUCUAGAAAACAGUGACUGGGAUUAGGUUUUGUACUCAGAGACUUACUCUUCCUCAGCGACACACACACACACACACACACACACACACACACACACACACACACGCAGUAUAUCCUCUUAUUUUUGUAACCUCUCAUUUUCUAUCGCUGUCUGUUUCUAUUUGCGUAUGUUAUCCACAUCGAGGACGGAGGGACAAAGACGCUCCUGACGUGUUGCUGAUACUAAUAAACUAUUUAUGUAAAAACAAAAGUGUGGAUGGGAAAAAAAAAACAGGUUUGUCACAAAAUUACUUGUGCGACGGAAGGAUUUCAGGAUUCGUUUUAAUGCAAACGGGAACUGAACAGG